AAGGAGGGAGGACGCGUCCGAGCGACUCUCCGUGAAUUUGACACUCAAAUUGUAUAAAAACCACAUAUUGUGAGGAAAUUCGAGUUGAAAGGAGAACAUAAGUGAUUAUAGGCACACUAUGGCUUCGCGGGGCGGCAAAACUCCACAGCAGGGGAUAAAGGCGCACUUUACUCGGCAUAGUAAAACUACCACUACAAACAGUGGGACUAGCUUAGCCUCUCCAGCUAGUAGCUCUGUAGCUGCUAAAGAGGCUAAUGCUGGUAGCAUGACCGCAGCCAGCCUACCCCCAGAAAUGGAGAGCCUACACCGACUCAUGACCGCGUCAAUGGAGAAUAUAAUAGCUCCGCUGAAGAGGACCAUGGAUGAAGUGAAGAUAAUUGUGGAGGAUCAAGGCAAAAGGAUCGUCGACUUGGAAGAAAACGCAACGCAGCUAACUGAACGAGUCACCGCUCUUGAGGCUAUAUGUGAGCAGCUCUUGACCCAGAACGAGUCACUGAACGAACGCAUGGAAGACGCCUCUAACAGGUCUAGACGCUGCAACCUGCGCGUCACGAACGUACUACCGAGUCCUGGGGAAAGGAACGACUGUGUUCAAUUCAUGCAAAACUUUUUUGCCACAGUACUUGGGGACGUGUUCACCGAGCCACCCAUACUAGACAGAGCGCACAGGAUCGGUCAGGAAAAUCCGGGGCCCAACCCGAGGCCUAGAGUGAUGAUUGUCCGCUUCCAUUACUUUCAGGACAAGAUGCGUGCACUACGGGCAGACAGGAGCCUGCUACAAUGGAAGGGACAGAAAAUUAUGCUCUAUCCAGAUUAUGCGCCAGCUACUGUGAAACUUCGUGCCACAUUCACCAAGACCGCUGAUGAAGCACAACGAUUCUAUGACCGGCGUAUAGCCAGACUCCCGGACAUGGAGAGAAACACAACUACCAAACCAGCGAGAAGAGGGCGCGCCACCACCCAGGAGAGAGGCGACACCGGCCGGGAGAGAGAGGAGGAGAACGGCGCUGGACUAGGCAACGAAGAGGAUGGAACGCACGGGAAGAACGGUCCGGGAGGAGAGGACGAGGCGAUGGGAGGCAUCAGCGUGGAAGGAGAAUAUAACGACGAGGUGAACGACGGCGAAGAAGAAGACGGCGGCAGCGGCAGCGAGUCCGGAGACAACAUGGGGGCUCUGGACGAGAAUGACGGUACUGAGUAGCAUUGAUCCGAGAAAUGGGGUAAGAACACCACUACAACUGACACUUAUGUAAAUAGACACAU